AUGGAAAAGCUGGUGGAGGGGGAACAAAGGAACAGGACAACAGUGUAUGAGUUCAUUCUGGAGGGGUUUCCUGCAGUCCAGCACCUGGGUCACCUCUUCUUCCUGGUGCACUUGCUUGCAUAUCUGACCUCCAUCAUGGGAAACAUGCUCAUAAUCACAAUAAUCUGGGCAGACCAUCGUCUCCAGACACCUAUGUACUUCUUCCUCAGCAAUUACUCCUUUAUAGAGUGCUGCUCUAUAACCUCAGUUAUUUCAAAAUUGCUGACCAUCUUUCUGUCAGGGAGACAAACAAUUUCCUUUGCUGCCUGCUUCACACAAGAUUUCAUCUGUCUUUUCCUUGGAGCAACCGUAUUCUUUCUUCUGUCUGUGUUAUCCCUGGACCGAUACCUGGCUAUUUGCAAACCUUUGCACUACCCAACUAUCAUGAGCCUGAAGGUUUGUUUCUUUCUGGUGUUUUUCUGCUACACUUUGUCCUUCAUUUUUAUCACUGGUGUGAUCCUGAAGGUUUCCCAGUUAUCCUUUUGUGGCUCCAACAUCAUAUCUCAUUUCUUCUGUGACUUAGGCUCCUUAAUCCAUCUCUCCUGUUCUGAGACCAGAUCUAUUGAAAUGCUGGCCUUUGGUAUAGCUUUGUUUAUCCUUUUAACAUCCCUCAUUAUAACCAUCAUUGCAUACAGCAACAUAGUAGUCACAAUCAUGCAUCUUCCAUCAGCCAAGGAGCGACAAAGAGCUUUCUCCACCUGCUCUUCUCACCUCUUGGUCCUCUCACUGAUGUACGGCAGUUGUGUCUUCAUAUAUAUAAAACCAAAGCAAGCGAGCAGGCUGGACUCCAACAGGGAGGCUGCUCUUGUGAACACAGUGGUGACCCCACUACUGAACCCUAUAAUUUAUACCCUGCGCAACAAACAGGUCCACCAGGCUCUGAGGGAUGCUCUGUCCAGGGUGAAAUUGUAG